AUGUACGAGCCGGACACGGCUGCUAUCCUUCCGGAUGACGAGGAACUGAAAGCCGAUGGCUCAAACUUUUCGCCCGGCCAUGAUGAGGACACCCUGCAGCUGCCACCGCCGACCUCUCGGCCGGCGGGACCGCCGUUUGCGUGUCCGCUUCCAGUGUCCGUGGAGCCCGUCAUGUUCCUGUCCGUGUUUGCCGUGGUCCUCCAGGCACCGCUGACCACUCAAUAUCUGUGGGACCGAAUUAGCGAAGACGUUGGCUACAAUGCUUCGAAAAUGUCGGAGUGCGGCAACAGAUCCGCGGGACCAAGCGCUCUUCAGAAGGAAGUGGAAACCCUGACAGCACACUGGAACCUCUACAUCAGUCUGGCGGGCUUUUCUGUCGGCUUGCUGGUGGUCCCUCUUCUGGGCUCGUGGAGCGAUUUUGCAGGUCGCAGGCCGGUCCUCAUCAUUCCCAACCUGGGUCUGGCCAUGCAGGUGGUUGUCUACCUGAUAGUGAUGUACCUCAAGCUGCCUGUGGCCUACUUUCUCGUGGGUCGACUGCUCAGUGGACUUUCGGGGGAUUUCAACGCUAUACUGGCUGCCUGCUUUGCGUAUGUGGCCGACACGAGCGACAGAAAAGCCCGCACUUUCAGGGUGGCGGUCCUGGAAGCUUGUAUUGGGCUCUCUGGGAUGUUUGCCAGCAUUAUCGGAGGGCACUGGAGGCGGAUGCAAGGCUACAUCAACCCCUUCUGGUUGGUCCUGGCAACCAGCCUGAUGUCGGCUCUGUAUGCGUUCCUGUUUGUCCCCGAAUCUGUCGAGAAAGACCCCAGCGCCAAGCUUCUCACCGUUCGCCAUCACAAAGCCGUGUGGCACAUUUUCUCCACCGGGGGCAGCGAGGGCGGCGGAAGGUUCCUGAGAUGCAAACUGUGGCUCUACAUGCUUUGCUUCUUCCUUGUGGUGAGCAUCCACAUCGGGAGCCGCGAGCUGUUCGUCCUGUACGAGCUGAGCCCGCCGCUGUGCUGGGGCUCGACGCUCAUCGGCUAUGGCUCGGCUGCUCUGCACUUGUGCUACCUGAGCAGCCUGCUGGGGCUGAAGGUCAUGUUGCACUGGCUGGAGGACUCGUGGGUGGCUGUUAUUAGUCUUGCCUCCAACAUCACUGGACUGCUGGUUUUCUCUGUGGCGGACACCACUCUGCUCAUGUUCACAGGUUAUGGUUUUUUAUUCUUCUUUGUGGCUGCUACACCUGUGCUCAGAGCUAAGCUGUCCAAGCUGGUGAGCCAGUCUGAACAAGGUGCUCUCUUUUCCUCUGUGGCCUGUGUGGAGAGCUUGUGUUUCCUCGUGGGUAGUGGCCUCUUCAACUCUGUCUAUCCAGCCACGCUGCACUUCAUGAAGGGCUUCGCCUUCCUCUUGGCCGCCAUCCUCCUUCUCAUCCCAGCAAGUAUAAUUGGGACGCUGCGUUGUUUGGAGAUGAGAGAACUCAGCGACGCCAUGGCAUCCUGACCUGCACAAUCAGACCAAAAAUAAAUACCAAUGGCAUCACUGUAGCAGAGGGAGGAACGCAAAUGAUUCUUCCCACUAACACAUUUUACUUGAAAGAGUGAGAGCCAACAAAUUAGUGAAUAAGGGUGUAUUCAGAUCAGAAAAGUCCUUUAGUCCGCUUGUUUGGUCUCUGCCCAUAUAUUCAAGAGGCACAGUUUCUUUUCAUUGCCCCACGGCUCAUUUUUUGUAGCAUUCAACUGUUGGCAGCACUGAAAAGCAAAUUCUUCCAACGGUGUCUUGCUACGGUGUCUUGCAUCUGCGUAAAAGGUUCGGACCAGCAUUCCAAUCGAACCCCGGUCCUUUUAAAGUGGACCAAACAGUCAGGUCUGAAUACACUUUAGGUUCACUAAAAAUGAUUCUGCAAUUGCAAAAAGUCAAUGAAGGGAAAACUUGUUUUUAUGCAUUUAUUUUUGCGCACUGUGAAUCAUCCAAGAGGCUGCAUUUCAAUAUGAAUACAAUAUUGAAACUGAUUUUAUUCUGUCCAUUUGAAAAAUAAUAAUCGUCCAAAGCAAAAGUGCAAUAUUGUUGAUUCACAUUUCUUCGGAAUGUCAUUUUUAGUCCGUCCAAUUUUUUAACGGUUAUCUGAUUUUGAUCCAUCCAUAUUUUUGACAAUUGUUAUAUGGAAAUGAAUGAUUUUUAAAAAAUAAUGUACUGUUUUUUUCUCCCUGUAUUUAAAAUAAUUGUUACUUUUGUCAGAUUCUUGUGGUUGUUUUUUAAUAUCUUUAACAGAAGGGAACCAACAAUUUAGACUGCGUGCAGAAAAAUGGGAAUCAUGUAACCAGUUGGGGAUUACUGAGUUAGAACUUGAAGCAAAGCAGCACUGGAUAGUCCCUCAGCACACAGGCACACACAACAUGGAGCCGUCCGAGUUGCACUGUGAGCUAACAAAUCAGCUUUAAAAUGCACAAAGGGAAGUGCAGAGGUCAAACAGCAUAUUGGCUUGUUGGGAUUGAGCUGUGUGUUUUCUACUGGAAGGACACUUGUAAUAUUUCAAAAUUAAAAAUGUUUUUAAGAUGCAUUAGAUUCAUUAUAUAAUUUGAAUGCAAAAUAAAAUUCAGAAUUUUACUAUGGUCAUCUUUCUGGUAGAAUUUACUACUGUAAACUGAAGUACUGUAGUAACUUCCUUUAUUUACUAUAUAUUUAAAAGCAUGAAUUGCCAAACUGUAAGUGCUUUUCACAAUCUAGUUAUUUUGUGGGUUUUUAAAAUUGAGUGAAACAGACAACCCCACACAAUUUGGAAGGUGCAUGUUUUUCAUUGGACGGAGUUUUUCAGAAUCAAAAAGCAUUUAGUAUGCAAUACAAAUGAGAAAAUGAUUUUAAAAUGCACAAUGCUGAACAAAAUGUGGAGCUGUUGUUUUAUUGACUAAAUUAUGGCGUCCGACAAGUAUUAAAGCUGACCUCACUGCAUCAUUGUAUAGUAGAUGGCAAUUGUGGACGUCAACAGAUCUUCAGGCCAGUGCGUUCGUUAUCUGUUGAUGCAUGUACAUUAUAGUUGCUCAGAAUAAAUACACAAGUAGGAAGAGCAAUACAAGUCAAGUCAAGUUUAUUUGUAUAGCCCUAAAUCACAAGCAGUCUCAAAGGGCUUCACAUAGACAGAAAUUGACAAUUAUUCUCAAAGCAUCCCCUGAUCUUAAGCUCCCAAAAGGGCAAGGAAAAACUUAAAAACCCCUAGCAGGGGGAAAAUGAGAAACCUUGAGAAGGGACCACAGAUGGAAGGAUCCCCCUUUCAGGAUCACCAGGUUGAAAUGGAUGCAGAGAGGGCACAAAUGAUACAACAUGAAAAUCAAUUAAAUAAAAAGUGGAUGUCCAUGUCACAGCAGAGGGCUGCCGAAAGGAGCCCUCAAUUGUCCUGGCAGUGCUCUUCGAGGAGGUUGAGCUGCAGUUCCCCUAUCCUGAAUUGGCCACGAGAAUCCAGAUAGCCGCUGUCAGCAUGGGUACCACCUAACCACCUCCCCGGCCGGGGAGGGGGGAGGGAGGGGGUGGAGAGGGAGAGAAAACAAACUCCAGCCGAAUCGGCCACUACAGGUUAGUUAAAGGCCAUGUCAUAGAAAUGUGUCUUUAAACGUGUCUUAAAUGUUUCUACUGAGGUAGCAGUCCUAAUAUCCAUUGGUAGGGCAUUCCAAAGCUCUGGAGCCCGAAUAGAAAAUGCUCUAGAGCCUGCAGACAUUUUCUUAGCCCUCGGUGUCGCUAAAAGGGUAGCGUUUUGCGAACGAAGGUUACGAGACGGAACAUAAGGAACAACUAGGUCGACGAGAUAUGAAGGCGCUAAGCCAUGCAGCGAUUUAUAGGUUAAUAGAAGAACCUUGAAGUCACAUCUUAAAUGGACCGGAAGCCAAUGUAAGUUGGCUAGUAUUGGGGUAAUGUGAUCAAAUUUUCUUGUCCGAGAGAGCAGCCUUGCAGCGGCAUUUUGUACUAACUGUAGACUUUUGAUGCGGGACUUAGGAAGACCCGAAAAUAGUACAUUACAGUAGUCCAGGCGCGACGUGACGAACGCAUGUAUAAUAGUUUCCGCAUCACCGGUCGAAAGGAUCGGACGAAUCUUUGCAAUAUUACGAAGGUGAAAAAACGCAAUUCUGGUUAUAUUCUUAAUGUGCUUUUGAAAGGAGAGAGUUUGGUCAAAUAUUACCCCGAGAUUAGUUACAGUAUCGCUUUGAGUGAUAGUACGGUUAUCUAUAGUUAUAGCGGUUUCCUUGAAUAAGUGUUGAUAACGAGCUGGACCAAUUAUCAACAUCUCAGUUUUAUCUGGGUUAAGACGAAGGAAGUUGAGAGACAUCCAUUGCUUGAUCUCCGCAAGGCACUUCUCAAGAUUACAACAAUCCCGCGGAUCUGUCAUCGAUAACGGCAUAUAUAAUUGGGUGUCAUCCGCAUAGCAUUGAAAACUAAUAUUAUAUUUACGUAUUAUGUCCCCAAGCGGAAUCAUAUAAAUAUUAAAAAGAAUUGGUCCGAGAACCGAUCCCUGUGGGACACCACAUGUAACAUUAUAGAGCUCCGAGGACGCAUUGCCAUGGACCACUCGGUGCGUCCUGUUUGAUAGAUAGGAAUGGAACCAGCCUAGUGCUGACCCUGAAAUACCAACACAACUUUUAAGACGCCCUAAUAAAAUAUCGAAGUCUACAGUGUCGAAGGCAGCACUAAGAUCGAGUAGUAACAGUACAGACGAAAUGUUUGAAUCCAUAGCUACGAGGAGAUCAUUAGUCACUUUCGCAAGUGCUGUCUCAGUGGAAUGAUUAGCUCUAAAACCAGACUGAAAAGUGUCGUAUCGAUUAUUGGCGACCAUGUAAUCAAUAAGCUGCUGCGCUACUACUUUUUCAAGAAGUUUUGCUAUGAAUGGGAGGUUUGAAACUGGCCUAUAAUUACUGAGACAGUCCGGGUCAAGAUUUGGUCGCUUAAGUAACGGUUUAAUGAUAGCGGUUUUAAAGGCUGUUGGCACUAUCCCAGAGGAGACAGACAGAUUGAUUAUAUUUAAGACGGACGGUCCUAAAAUUUGAAAUAAUUCUUUAAGUAGUUUGGCUGGAAGAGGGUCGAGUAAACAUGUUGUUUGUUUAGCCGCACUAACAAUUUGUGUAAGCCUUUCAAGAGACACGCUUUUAAAAGUUGAGAGGGUUGUUGCAUGAUCAUCAGCGUUGGUAAACGGCGUGCUCGACCGAGCGAUUGGAAUGCUAUUCUUGAUCUCAUCCCUAAUGGAUUCAA